AUGGCUUCUGCAUCUGCUGUCAGCGUGUCCUGCGGCAUCAGGCUCAACCCGUCCACUCUCCAGAAGCCUUCAGUGGUCUUGGCAUCAAAGACGGCGUUCCUCCCGUCGCCGCUGCUUCGUACCACGUACGCUUCUUGUUCCAAGAACGUCAGUUCUCGCAUCGCGACACGAUGCUCGGCUUCCAUUCAUGCCGCUAUGGCUGUGUCUCCAUCGGAGCUGGACGUGAUCUCGAGGAGCAGCGAGAUUGUUCCCGAUUCAAUCGUUGGCGGCCAAUUUGAGAGCUUCAAGCCCACUGCGGCGACCGUGUCGUCGUCUCUCAUCCUCGGGGUUUCCUCCUUGGGGGAAGCUAAGUUCGACGGAGCGAUCAAGAGCGCGUUGGCGUACGGCAAGUGCAUGAUAGCCGCGGAGGAAAACAAGUUCUCCUGCUUCCUCGAUAAGGCGCUGGUGAACGUGGGGAGGGAGCUCAGCCUCGAGGUGUCCGGGCGUGUGUCCACCGAGGUGGACCCCCGGCUGGCGCACAACACGGCCGCCAUGGUCGACCGGGUGCGCAACCUGGCAGAGCUGUACAAGGAGGUGGAUGUGGGUGUGAACCGAGUGCUGUUCAAGCUGCCCGCCACGUGGGAGGGCAUCGAGGCGGCGAGGCGUUUGGAAGCAGAGGGCAUCAAGACGCACGUCACUGGCGUCGCCAGCUUCGCCCAGGCGUCAGCAUGUGCGCAGGCCAACGUGGCAGUCAUUCAGAUCCCCGUCGGCCGCAUCAAGGACUGGGCACGCACGCAUUCAGGCGACAAGGAGGUGGACGCCGCAGCAGCCAAGGGCGAGGACCCCGGAGUCAGCCUGGUGCGCCGUGCGUGUGCAUUUAUUGCCCGCAACAACUUCCCCACCAAGGUCAUGGCGUCCAACAUCCGCAGCAAGGAGGACGCACUCAGCCUCCAUGGCACUGAUUACCUGGUGGUGCCCCUCAAGGUGCUGGAGGCUCUGAAAGACACUCCUGCCUCCCCUGACCUCAAACCUGCAGCAGUCAGUGCAGCAGCUGACAAGGUCAAGCCGUGGGACAUGGCGAGGUUCAUGGCCAAUAUUGGUCCAUGUGCCCGGCAGCUGCUUCAGGCUGAGAUUGAUUCUGCUGUUUCUCAGGCAGAGAAGGUUGACAAGCACUUCAAGAAGAUCUGGCCGCCCCCGAACGUGUGA